UCGGUUGAUGCAUCGCUCGACGCCGUUGUGCAUCCAGAUUGUCUUAUUGGGUAAAUCUUGCCACGUCCCCAAAUUUGAGAGACCCGCAAAUUCUCGCGGAGAGGGAAUCAGCGAGUAUCGGAGUAAAUACAAAGGUCGAACAACACGAUCCAGAAGCGAUUCUCCACAUCGCAAGAUGCGACUGGCAGGACUGCGCUCUGACCAGUCAAGAAUUACCCAGGAACCCCAAUUCAUAUCCAAAAGGAAAGUGCCAUUUUAUCCACCUCAGAUAUCCAGUUCUUUCCGAUGGGAAGGGCAUGAUCCAUCUCAACAGAGUCAGGAGAAGAGCAGGCCUGUCACACCUCCAGCUGUCACACCUGUGCUCAGAGCCUCUAGUGUAGAAAGAGUAGUGACCCCUCUUGCCCCAAGAGACCCCGUGCCACCAGAGGGCACCACUGCACCAUCUCAACAACUACAAGCAGAGGAGCAAGCAGCUCAGACAUCCACCACUGCUGCAGACCAGCAGCAACAGAGACUAAAUGGAAUUAACCAUGUGCUAAGGAAACGAGCGGGACUGAGAUCGGAGCGACAGAGGAAUGGCCGUUUGAGCUCUGAGUACCAGAGACAGUUCAUGUGGAAAACGCCUGCGGCCAAUUCACCCCUGCUAGCUGCACAUGAGAUGCUGUACAGUAACAACAGAGCCAUCCCACCCUUCAAAUCAAACCCAGUAAUUAUGGAGAGUGAGUACAAGAGAAGUUUCAAAGGAUCACCUCCUCCCAGACCACCACGCCUGAGGCGAGAUGUUGAACAACACGAGGUCCCGCAGCUUGAUGCAGAGAACAACACAACCCCAGAGAAGAGUAAGAGGAACAAGAAGAAGAAGAAGGAGCAACGACAGAGCAGAAAGUCAAGCCCCGAAGAGGAAGUUACCCAUCGACAGCAACAGGAAGUGAGGUCACCCUGUGCCCUGAGAGACUCUUCGCCCAAGGUUAUGAGGAAAGGGAAAACCGAGUACAGAUCCAACUUUCUUUCUCCCCUACAGUAUAGUUACAGAGAUGGAGCAUGGGCGAAGAUCAAAACUGCAAAGGAGGAGGAGUGUGAAGGUUUUCACGAGUGGUAUCAUGAGGUGCAGGAGUUACGUGAGAAAGCUGAUGCCUACAGGAAAAGGGCCGGGGGAACUCAUUUUUCUCGGCAGCACCUGAAUCAAAUCCUGUCGGACCACAACUGGAUGUGGGAGCCUUCCAGUGGCACUUCUUCCUCAUCCUCCAUUGAAUCUGAGGCCUGCAGAAGCACUAGUAGCACCCCUAUCAUCGAGGCUCUGGACCUGGCCAGAACUGGUAGUAUCAGGGGACGCUCUAGCCCUGGGCCUUCUGCUUCUGUGGCAGCCAGCAGGAGAAGCUCUCCUGGAGAUGCUCGUCUUCAUGAAGACCCCACCCUCCCUGUGCAGAGAAAGUUGGCCUGGGAUGAAGAAGAGGGACUUGGAGAUAGAGAUGAGUCAGAGAUUUCACAGGAGGAGCUAACAGUUGAAAAAAAUGAGGGGAAUCCAAAAGAUAAGCAUGGGGACAUGAAGGAGAGAAAUGAAAGGUUGCAGGUGUUGGAAACUGAGUCAUCAUCAGUGGUGGACGGGUCUGGAGAUUCCAUUAUCAGGGGCAGAUUGCCAACCCCCAAACUCAGGACCAUGCAGACUGUGCAAAGAACACACCAUGAUCGGACCACUCCAGCCACUGGAGGAGCUUUGCUGGUCUCUCCUCCGAAUAUCAAACAUUCCUCCAGGAGAGUUAGGAGGAGUGAACCACCUUUAGGAAAACCUCACUCUCCUUACAAACAUAUCAUAGUUGGCUCUCCACAGCGGCCACAUAGUAAGGCUGAGAGUGGAAGCUUGCCACAUUCCUCACCAGCCGCUGGCCUGACCACUGUAGAUCCACUUCCCAUGCGAGAAGAUGCCUGGUCUGAGGAGGAGGCGGAAGACUACUCCACCAAUCUAAGACAACCCAAGCCAUCGCAAAGACAACAGUCCAGCCACCGUCACCGAGCUGCUGUCCCUCCACCUGCCAACAGGAUCCAGGGCACAAUGAGAAACCCGGAAUUUCAGCAUAAUGGUAACCUGGGAAUUUUUCGGCCAGAGCUGUUUGUGUUUCCUGAAGCUGAAUCUUCCUGUGUGUCAGAUAAUGGUAAAAUCACUUCCUUAAUAUUAGCAGACAUUAGCAGCCAUAAGCAGUUAGUGACAGUUACUUCACUCUUUUAUGUCUGUCUAGCAGUUUUGGUAGGAACAGGAAUUAGAUCAACGUGUGCUUUGAUGUGAUGAUAAGAUGUCUCAGAUCUCAUCUAGAUCAGCAGCCUCGUGCUCCAUGGCCUCUGAACUCUUGGGUCGUGCUCAGAGGAGAAAGGAGGAAUUCUGGGGAAAGAGCUAAUGUGUCAAAGCUCAUUAAUCGGUUGUGCGUAGACUGAAAAAUGGCCAUUAAUUUCUCAGGAAGCAAACAUGUACUUUUUUUCUCCCAUUUUUAAAAUCUUUCACUGAUUUGUUUUUGUGUGAUUUUUAUUUGUAUUCUUUUUGAAUAGUCUGGUAUUUAAUAUGAAAAGAUAUUUGUAAUUUAUUUUAUUUACUUGCAUUUUAAAAUGACUAGAUCAAUACUGUGCGUUCAGUAGGCUACAAAUGAUUUUGCUAAGUAAACUCAGUCUGCAAAAAAGUAAUAAAAAUAUUUUUGUACAAUGAUAGAAACAAAGAUGUGUAC